ACUAAUGUGUCAUUAUUGCUGACUACGGUUAAUUUUCAACCCAAAUUGAUAGGAAAUGCAACUAGGUUUUUAAGUCAAAGUAAUAAUAAAACAAAUUGUGUAUAAAAUGGAGUCUACCGUAUCCGUUUCAAAGGGUGUGUUCCUAUUCCCUACUACAUUGAAAAAACCUAAAAAUGUAAAGCAAAAAUCUAACUUGUUUGAAAAACAAUUCAAGAAAGAACCAUGGUACAAGUCAUAUAAAAAGAAUUGGGACAAAAUUGAGUCUAGAAUAAUGGAUUUGCAUCAAAAAACCUAUGAUGUUCUCCUGAAUGACAUGGUAAACUACAUUAAGUCAUUCUACAGAGGUAAUGAAUCACUAACCUUGGAAGGUAUUAUACCCAGUGCCACUCUUCUUACUGGAGUCAACCAGCCGGACCAUGUGUCUCAGUUUGAAACACUUAUGUCGAAAAUAAGGGAUGAAGUAACACCUCACAUUGCAAUGGUGAAUUCUCAAGAUGCAUCUACAGUAAAGCAUUUAGUUGAAAAUGCAGUGUGGCAGCUGGUAAAUGGACAUGAAAUAAUGGAUGACAGUGGAGAUUCAGAUGAUGAGACACUGCCAACAAAGAAGAAGUUAAAGAAGAACCAAUGUACAAUGAGACUAUUACAGAACUGGUACAACAACAAGUAUCUCAGCCCCUCUCCCAAGAAAAGGCAAACUGUCUCCAUGAGAUCACUGGUCAUCAUCAUACCGGACUUUGAAAGCUUCAACUGUAAUAUUUUACAAGAUUUUGUUAUGAUUAUAAGUUCCUACGUGUCCUCUCUACCGAUAGUGUUCGUGUUCGGCGUGGCCACGUCGGUGUCGGCGCUGCACAAGUCGUUCCCCUACCACGUCUCGUCCAAACUGCUCAUCAAAGUGUUCCAUUCACAUUCUUCGCCAGUAUACAUGAAUCAGGUACUUGAAGAUAUAUUCCUGAACCACACAAGCCCCCUCCACUUGUCUGGAAAAGCGUUGGAGUUGCUGACUGACGUGUUCUUAUUCUAUGAUUUCUCAGUCACGGGACUUAUUCAAAGCAUAAAGUAUUGUAUGAUGGAACAUUACUACGGAGACAACGUGAAAUCACUCUGCUGCGAACGAGAAGACAUCGAAAACGCAGCCGCCAAAUUAUCAGCAGAAGACUUCGAAACCAUCCGACAACUGCCUUCCUUCCGACCCUUUCUUGAGGCACAGGAUUGUGAAACUAAAAUUGGUCUGUUUGAAGACGACAAUUUCUUUAGAGAGGUUUUGUGUCAAGAAUUGAACAAGCUGCAUGAUUACUUGCACAGUUUUUAUUUGUGUGUGCGGUUGUUGGCGGCGUUUUUGAAGGAUCUGCCUAAAAAUGUCAUUGGGAAAACGGUACGCGAAAUAUACACCAAAUGUGCCGGCGAAUCCGUAACCAAAACCCCAACAUUCAAAGAAUGCAUGCAGCUCAUAAAGUUCCAGUCACAACUGAAGCUACUAGACAGUAUACAGGGCGCUCUUAAAGUCGUCAAUGCGGAGCUACACGUAGUAUCCCCAGUAAAACCACUUAGGUCCUCACCAACUAAGAAUAAUGCUAACAAAUUAGUUUUGAAUAAUGAAUUAGGGGAAACUUUUGCUAAGACGGUCAGGGUUCAUUUGCUAACAUUUUUGAGACAGCUUGAAAACGCCAAUACUGAGGCUACUGUGCUCGCAGAGGUCGCUAAUGAGACUGAGAAUGAUACGGAAAUUGUGCCGGGAAAUAGAUACAAAUUGAAAGAGCAACUAUUACGUGCAACGAGGGCAGACCGCAUCCAAUCCGAGUUCGAGAUGAUACGGUCGCGUUUCGUCAGCUACCUCGAAGACAUGUUUGCUAAGGGUCUACAACCGCCUUCCACACAGACCUUCCACGAGGUGUUGUUCUUCACUGACGUGAGCAGCGUCAGGAAACAGAUUAUCGGCUCCCCCCGCGGCGCCGUCCACACGGCGCUCAGCAACCCACACCAUUAUUUACAGUGUUCAUGCUGCCGCCUAUCAUCAUUGGACAGCGCUUCAGCGACACUCCCCGACGUGUGUCUAGCGUACAAGCUGCACCGCGAGUGCGGCAAGCACAUCAACCUGUACGACUGGCUGCAAGCGUUCGCCGCGGUACUGUGCCCGGGGGAUGAAGAAGGAGACCACCUUUACUUCUAUUUUUGUUUCAGGUCAAGAUUCACCCGAGCCGUGGCAGAACUCCAGUUCCUCGGCUUCAUCAAGUCCUCGAAGAGGAAGACGGACCACGUGAUGCGUCUUACCUGGUGAUGGUGAUGGUCCUUCAGUUCAAGCUACAGUCAAACCACUGGGAGCGACCACCACCAAUCUCCAAAAAACUCCCUGUGGUAGUUUCUCAAGGGUGUCACCACAUCUACCGACGGCGAAUCCGCCAUACAUUUCUGACCUCUGUCCACCUCAUAAGAAUCAAGUGACGACCCUUGGACCAAAAAGUUAUAUGGGUUCCGUACCAAAAAGGUAAAAUAGGAAGCCUUAUGGUGAGACAGCUGUCACAACGCUAAAUGUCUGUUAUGCUAGUUGUGAUUUGAAGAUGUAAUUAAG